AGUGAAAAUACAAUGAUAACAGCACCCUCUUUGCUACUGGGACCAGAGCCUGCAGGUAAUGAGGCACCUUUAGCCAGAGGAGGGAGCUGUGGCCCACAUUACAGUUCUGUCACAUAACAGUCUCCACAGCUUUUUAUUACUUGGUGAAUGUGGUGUAAUUUUCUUUUUAAAGCAAGAGAGAGAGAGAGAGAGAGAGAGAGAGAGAGAGAGAAAGAUGAGCAAAACAUCCUGAUCUCAUCAGUGUGUGUUCAUCUGAUUAAAGGCUACAGACAUUGCAACAUUAAUUAAACACUGAUAACUACAUUAACAAUUUCAUGGCACAUUUAUCUGCACAUAAACAACAGACAAAUAACUUUGUAGCAUUUUUAAAUCAACUAUUAAUUAAUUGUGCAAAUUAACCAUGAUUUGUUUUAUCAAGUGAUUAGGUGCAAAGGGAAAAAAUACAAUAAGGACAAUAUAUAUACGAUGACGGUGAAUAGUAGUCCUCUGGCUCUAUUGCCACAAUGAUAUGGACAUAAGCCUACAUAAAGAAAAACAACAUUAUUUAUUGUUACAUUUAUAUUAAAAUGGGGUAAAUAUGUAAGAGUGUGUGCUGUAGACGUAUAUUUUCUCCUCUCAGGGAGGACAGGAAGCACACAGAGAUUUACGUCGGCGGUAUAAAAACAUCUCCCAGCUGAGAUUUGCAUCUUUCCCUUUAAAGAAGCGCAGUGAUGAGUCCCUGGGAAACAGAGGUUGUGUGCUCAUCGGGAGAUCCACUGACCGUGACUGUGUCACAGUGGGGCCAUGUCCAGUCUCAUCUGAUGGAAUAAUGAAGAUUCUGCUUUUACAUUAAUCGGAUUUGCUGGCGAUCGCAGAGAAGGACGUCUUUAAUGUGGGCUGUAGCGGAGAUUUUCUGGCUCAUAUGGAGCUCAAAUCUGAAACUGCUCAAUUUCAAGGACGCACUCUUGAUCGUUUUCUUUUUUUCCACCGGCGAAUGAUUUGUGUUUUUUAAAAAAACGGAAACCAUACAGUAGAGAUCCCGUGUUGUGUCAGCCCGUCGGUGCAGUAAAAACACAGGCUGAGGCUGGAGAAAAUACCAUGACAUAUGCUGCGCUCAAUUAUUAGACGCGGGUUUGGGUUAUUUGCGGCGCAUGGCGUAGGUUUGCAGUGAGGAUGUGAUCGGGCAGAGAUCUCUGGUUUCUCGCUCCGCUGCCUCCCAACAAGAGUCGCUCAUGAUGCCCAGGGCUUUGCGGAGACUGGUGCAUUUGGUGCUGUUCUGCCCUCUGUCCAAAGGCCUGCAGAGUCGUCUGCCAGCCAUCAAGGUGAAGUAUCUUCUCCUGGCGUGGCUGGGCAUCCUCAUCACCAGCUGGGUCAUCUACAUGCAGUACGCCUCUUACUCUGAACUCUGCCGUGGGCAUGUCUGCCACAUGGUCAUUUGUGAUCACUAUAGAAGGGGCAUAAUAUCAGGCUCAUCCUGCAAAGCAUUGUGUGAUCAGAGAACUCUAACCCUGCAGCACUGCAUGUCCACUUCCUCUACACAUCAGGUGUACAGUGGACUGUGGAAGGAGAGACCUGUUGUGAUCAAGUGUGGUAUUGAGGAUCCAGUGAAGACUGAUGGGGCUCCAGACUCUGUACUGCGACAGGAGAUGAGUUUAUUUGACAAACCCACUCGUGGAACCUCUAUGGAUGAAUUUAAAGAGAUGCUGCACAGUUUCCUCAAGGCUAACCUUGGUGAGCAGCCAUCUUUGAGUGCCUUGGUGGACAGGGUGAUUACUCUGGCUGAUGUUAACCAGGACGGCAAAGUGUCUCUUGCAGAGGCCAAAUCAAUCUGGGCUCUUCUCCAGAUCAGCGAGUUCCUCCUGAUGGUGGCGCUGCAGGAGAGGGAGCACACCCCCAAGCUGCUAGGCUUCUGUGGGGACUUGUACGUGACAGAACGUGUGGGCCACAGCUCCCUCUACAGGCUAGAGGUGCCUCAUUAUCUGAAGGCUCUGGUCCCAGAGGCCUUGAGCUCCAGCCUGAACCACUGGCUCGCACCAGCCUGGCCUCGCAGAGCUCGCAUCACCAUCGGCCUGCUGGAGUUUGUGGAGGAGGUCUUCCACGGGUCCUACGGGAGUUUCUUAAUAUGUGAUGCCAGUCCUCACCAUGUGGGUUACAAUUCAAAAUAUGAUUGCAAGAUGGCCAACCUGCGCAGCGUGGCAUCUGAGGCAGUCGUGCGAGGAUUUUUGAGGGGACGGCGAUGUGAGACUAAUGCAGACUGUACUUAUGGCCGGGACUGCACGGCCACCUGCGAUCGACUGGUGAAGCAGUGCAAUACUGAGGUUGUACAGCCAAAUUUAGCAAAAGUGUGUGUGCUGUUGCAGGAUUUUCUGCUUUUUGGAGCACCUUCAGACCUCCGUGGGGAUCUGGAAAAACAGCUACGCACCUGUGUGACCCUCAGUGGUCUGGCAAGCCAGAUGGAGGUACAUCACUCACUAGUCCUUAACAACCUGAAGACAUUACUGUGGAAGAAAAUCUCUAACACUCAGUACUCUUGAAAACAGGCUGAGAUUAUCCAGCCUGUACUUCUACAUAAUAAGUGAAUUAUUAAAUGAACAUGAGUAGUUUUUCUGACCAUACAAAUCUUUUAGAGGCUGGUGGUUAUUAAUGUGUUUUCACUCUGCAUUGACUCUGAUUAACAGUAAGCUGUGAACUAAUGAAUAUACAAUAUGAAACAGCAGGUGAAGCUGGAUCAUUCUCUUCAAGCCCCAUAAUGCUUUUGUUUUCCGGUGCAUUAUUUUGAGAAGCACAUUCAUCUGUUUAGACAUCUCAGGGCACUGCCUAUAAUUUAAAUUCUGUAAAUAAAUGACAGUUUUUAAAAUAAAGCACCCAACAUACUUGAUAAUUUUGGGUUUCACAUAAUACUCUUUUGUCUGUCCCUAUAGAGACAGAUUGUCAGCUUGUGACAGGGUGUGAUAGUUUUAGUACAACUGUAAAUAUUAGUGGAACAUUGUUGUUUCCUGUGUAUAAAUGAAUCUGCACCUGAAGCAGUGGUGAGACACAGCAAUGGGCUGAAUAAUGCAUAUACAGUAGCACUGAAAUGUCCCUCCUAGUACUGAUCUGAUAUUGACAUAAAUCAAACUGAACAUCUGGAGAUGUAAAGGACAAUCAGACAUGAUUCAACUGAAUGAACUUUUCAUCUAUGAAUAAACAAGUAUUUUCAAGA